AUGAAGGCAAGGACGAGCUAUUACCAUUCGAGCCGAAAGAUUGAACAAGAUCAGGACGGCGUUUUGUUGGAACCUGGUCUUCCAAUCUCCGACGCUUCAAUCGUCAUCCAAGAGUCCUUCACCAGCUCCGAGCAGCCUCAGCCGCGUCAGCAGCAACGUCCGGAACAGCGGGAGCGGUCGCCAGAGAGACGACAACCCUCUCCCGAUGAGCGCCGAGUAGCUCCAUCCCCCGAACGACGUCCCGUCAAGGAACACCGACAAGCAUCUCCCGGACAACGUCCCGCGCCCGAGCAACCGCGUCAAGCGCCGUUCAAAUUUCACUUUCGGCCGUAUGCGCAAGAGCAGCAACAGUACAACAACAAUAAGAAGGCGAGUCAUAAUCGCUCGGUCCAUCGUCAGCAUCCCAAUAGGCAGCAGGUCCGAGCCAAUGGUCACAGCAACAACCAUCAAAGCCGGAGCAACAGUUACUAUUCCAAUAGCUACAACAACAACCACAGCAACAACAGUUCGAGUGCCCAAACCGAUAGCCGCGAUGACAACCGCAGUUACGACGACCGUCGUCACAAUAACCGACGGCCGCUUCAUGGUUUUGACAUUCGACGACAAGACGCUACUCGGGAAGAAGAGGAGAUGACAAUGACGGCAACGGAUGAAACAUCGGCGAUAUCCAUUGAACAACAACCAUUGGCAUGGACGUCGGCCGAGACGGAACAAAUUGUACAACAAAUGGAGUUUCUCACGGAAAAGAUAUGCGAAGAUCGAGACCGAUUUCCCAAAGACAUUGUAUCGCAGCAUUUGCGAACACUGCAAGCCGUCAUUCAACAAGACAAGUCCAAAAACAAGAGACAACGGGGUAAACUCAACAAGAGGCAUCACAACAAUAACAAAAACAAUCAAAAAGACAUUCUCUUGUCGCGCGAUGAUCCACUACUCGUGCAAAUCUCGGCAGGUCUCCGAGAACUUCAGCUCGUGGAUUUGGACAAACUGUCGUCGUUCUUGGAGGACAUUCGACGAGAAGAAGAAAACUUGGCCGGCAAGGACGUGCUGCUGCUUUCCGGUGUCUCGGGAUCGGGAAAGACGACUACGCUUCAUUUCUUUGCGGGCACGGACUUUGAAGAGGUAGAAAUUGAGGGAUUCUUUCAUCUGGAACCACGUCGGUGUCCGGAUCCCUCCGUGGCACGCUACGAAACGUCAUGUUGUCGCUAUGGUGUCACACAAACCUUGCAGACUGCUCAGGUCCUCGUGGAUGGCAAAAAGUACUGGGUUUGCGAUACUCCUGGAUUGGAUACGCUGGAUUGUAUCGAAGCAGAGAUUGCACAUGGGAUUGGUACCAUUCGAGCCCUGCAGAAGGCGCGCACGGUACGGCCCAUUUUGAUUCUCUGCAAGGACACAUUGGGACAUCGCUUUGUCAACUUGGACAAGACAUGGGGGGUGCUCACUCGGCAAUUCGUCUUGGGACCUGACAAUGGCGGUCUCAAGCCAUUCAACUACAUCUUUACCAAGUUUGAUUCCAAACAUCGGACCCGGCUCUGCCAACAAUUUGCCCACUUUCAAGAAGACAUGGCCAAUGACAAGUACGGGACGCGUCACAACAAGAGAUCGAGCAGCAAGGCGAAACGGUACGCGGGUCGGUCUCGACAAUCGGAAUGGAAUACGGAGGAAGAAGAGCAGGUGUUCAAGACCUUUGUGGAUGAUAUUGUGGAAAAGACAACACCCGAGGCUCAAGUCGUCAUGCCAAUGUCGGAAAAACCACAGGCCAUGCUGCGUCAGUUGGUUCGCAAUUCCUAUCCCGUCUCCGAUCCCGAAAACUUUUUUGCCCCACUUGCCACGGAGGCGUCCUUGUCGAAAUUUCAAAUUCAACUAGAGCUGACCGUCCAUGAGCUCUCCCUCUCGUUGGCACGGGAACAGUACGAUGCCGCGCUCUAUCGUCUGGAUCAGCUAAUGAAUAUUUCCAUGCUCAUGCCCGAGGCGGAACCAUAUUGCACUCUGGCCAUCGAAACUGCAUUACGGCAUUCCAGACUCGUAUUUCAGAGCAUGCAGGAGCUACUGGAAAAGGAUGACUAUGGAACAGCGAUUACUCGGAUAGAUGCCUUGCAAGAACUAUCAGAGGCCGUCCCAGAAGUUGCAGAUUACUCGGAGCGAGGAGAGGAACUCUUGGUUCGGUCCAUCAUGGCGGAUAUGGAAUCCCGGGACAAUGAAAAGGUUUGCAAGGCCAGCUACCUGCUCAAACACUACCCCAAAGCCCAGGAGGCAAUCCAACAAGGCCUGGAGACCAAACAAAUCAAAAUUCGCAACGCGAUAUCGACUGGUGACUGUACCGAGGCCACGGAUUUGAUUAUACAACUCCACAAAUUCGUGUCCUCGUAUCCCGAGGCUAAGACGUACAUGUACGCGGGAUAUCACAUGUUGAAAAACGAAAUCAACCGAUGUAUGGAAGACUUCACAAAAGUUGACGAUUCCAGACACAAUCUCUCGCUCUUGGCGCGACUGAUGCCGCAUAUUCCAGAGGCAGCGGAUUUUGGACGCCACGGACUUCGACAACUGUUCAACGCCGUCGAGAAGAAGAUUCACGACAAUGAAUACUCCGUAACAGUGAACGUAGUCCAGGGCUUGUUGGAACUCGCUGACGUCUUUCCAGAUUCAAGUGAAUGCGUCAAUCGAGGCGUGCAGAUCAUUUGGAACGUCUUUGGACUCGUUAUGGAGGACAAGCACUAUAUCCGAGCAAUAGGAAUUGCCCAAGUUAUCGGUGAGAUGGUCAAAAUCUCACCCAAGGCGUUUGAAUAUACCAAGCUGGCAAGCGAGGUAUUGGGCGAUCGGCUCCUAAGGUGCAUCCAGAUUGGGAAUUACAGCAUCGCCAUGAAGAUGCUCUUGCAUUUAACCAAACUCGAAUGCGAACUUCCGGAGACCUUGAAGUCAGAGUGUGUAGCGCGUGGGUUGAAGAAGAUCAAACAAGUGGCUGACCAAGCCAUCCAAGACAAGAACUACGGCGUGAUGACAGAGUUCUUCUAUGAUCUGAUUCAGCUAGAAUCUGAAGUACCCGAGGCUGGCCGCUGUGCUCGCGGCCUCCUGAGCACCAUAGAAAAGGAACUGGAAAAGGCCAUCCACAAAAAGGACUUUGCACUGGCAAUUGAGCUGAUGAAGCAGUUCGUCAAGCUCGAAGAACAGGUGGACGAAGUGAAGGAGUUACUUGUGAAUGGGCAAGAGGCUUUCCAAAAAGCUGUGAAGGACUCUUUAUUAGAUCUAGACCCCAUCGACGCCCUGCAGCUGAUUGAAAUGAUGCUCGUCAACAAUGACACCUUCUUCAUCGCAGGAGAGUGUGCGAGGUUUGGCCUGAAUCGCUUCCGAGACAUACUUGAAGAAACCAUUGACCAAAAAGAAUACGUCAAAGCCGCGGAGUUAUGGGACAGGCUGUACUCGCUGUCACUGCAGUAUCCGAGGGUGAAAAAGACGGUGCAAGCGGGGUUCCUCAUGCUACGAGAGGUACUGUCAGCGAGUUUGAGUGAACAAAACUACAAAACUGCAACCUUACUUUUACAACAUUUCGCCAAGGUGGAGAAUGAGCUACCGGAAGCUGACAAGUGUUCCAAGCAGUCGCUCAUGGUAAUCAAGAAUGCCAUCAUGUCGUCCAUCGAUGAAGGUGCAUAUGACACAGCAUUGGAUAUCUUGAAGAUUCUUUCAAAGAACUCCAAGGUGCUCCCGGAUGCGUUCAAGACCGCACAGUUCGGCAUCAAACACCUUCAGAGAGUCGUGGAAACCAGACUCAUGAACAAGAAAGAUUAUCGAAAAGCACUUGAAGUGAUGGACCAAGCCAUCAAGCUGUCUGAAGGACUCCCGGAUGCACUAAAAUGUGCUCAAGGAGGGCUCAAGAUAAUCUUGAAAUCAACAGAGAACGCCAUAGAGAAAGGGGACUACGGUCUGGCUGUGGACUUGAUGGCUGAAAUUGAGAGGCUCACUAACAAGCUCCCCGAGGCAUAUUUGAGCACCGAGAUCGCACUUCAAGCUGCCAUAAAGCAUCUAAAAUGGCUCCGUGAAGCAGUGAAAAGCAUCGUUGAUCAGUUGGGACCAGAUGUUCCCGAAGAAAAAUUCUCCAAGAUUAUCUUUCACCUCAGGAGCCUUGUACAGGCAGUUCUAAAAGCUGAGACGUUACGAUAUGCCUGUGUGAAGCUACACAAAGAGCCACUUGCACUGGACGCCGACAUUCAGCCUGCGGACGAAUUUUGCUCUGAGCAACUGCGAAGGCUCACGGAGUCCGUCGUUUCGGAGUUGAUAAAACUCGAAGUCGACAAGAGCAGCUCUCCUAGCCUAACCAAAAUGAGGGAAUCGCUUCUGGCUACGAUCGUUCGUCUCAGAGUGAUGAACGAACAUUUGUACCAAUGUCCAGGAGGGGAUCUUGUGGCAGCUGCGUACGACGAAUCAUUUCAAGACUUGUACGUGCUUCUUAACAGCGUCCUGAGAGAUGCCGAAAAGCGAGAAAACAAAGUCGAGAACAUGGAGUUGAUGGAACUCCAAACGUCGUUUCUCUCGCACGUAAUUCUUGGUUUGGCAAACUCUGAACAAGAAAUCAUGGACGAAGAACAUUUCAAGAUUCAAGGCUUCCAGUCGCGGCUCUUGAAUCUCAUGAAUAACUUUGAAAUCGAGGUUGCGGCUACCAAGGACGUUUUGGCGAAUUACAAACCCCUCGAGUCUGUUGGAGGAAAUCCUUCCUUUUCCUACAUUCAGCGUCUAGACAUUUCAACCUUGGAGGCGCCACGGAGGAUACUGCUCGACCUUGGGAAACGCCAAUCUCUGUGCGAGUUGCUCCCGAACGAUUUCAAGGGGACUGACUACAUCAUCUUUGUGAAAAAGUUUGACUUGUCCAUGGUGGACUUGAUGGAGCAGAUCAUUAUCUUUCUCGAAAAGGAGCACAUAGAAAUCGUCAAGACCCAAGCAACAAUCGCAGACGUGAGCUUGAUAGAAAAGAUGGCGACUGCCCUCAUCAACGACAUUAGAAAGGUGAACGCCACCAUCGGUCGUUUGUCGACAUGGUCCGCGGAGGUCGAGAAUAGAUGUAGGGCUCACACUAUGCGUCUCUACAAACUCAAGCAGUCAUUGACCGAAACAAUCACAAGAAUAGGACCAAUCCGUGACAUUGGCAAAACCUUCAACCUGGGAAGUCCCAACAGUCAAAAUUCCAAAGCACCCAUCGGGGCUACGCCAAGGGGUAGUGGAACGACUCCAUUUGUGUUUGGGGCAGCCACUGCCGUCGCCACGCCCAAAUCCGGAAUACCUAUGGUAAUCGGAGGCACCGCAAAGGCGGGCACUCCGCGAAAGAAGACGAGAAUGACACUAAGGGCUGGAACUGCGGUCGAAGGUUCGUCAUCAAAACCAGAAGAGAGGAGGAAACGAAUACCAGUUGUAUUCAGGUUUACGCCAUGA